CAUCCUGAUCUUUUUUUCCUUCUGGUCUCUUGACAAUUUCUGAACCAGGUAGCAUAUAAAUAGUGAACAACUUCUGCAACUUCCUUUUUAGAUAUUCCCUCCACACUUAUCUCUCUCUCUCUCUCUCUCUCUCUCUCUCAAUACAUAUAAAAUAUUGUCCAAAAAUGGUACAGUCUAAAAAGUUCAGAGGUGUCAGGCAACGCCAUUGGGGUUCUUGGGUUUCCGAAAUUCGCCAUCCUUUGUUGAAAAGAAGGGUUUGGCUAGGGACAUUUGAUACAGCGGAAGAAGCAGCCAGGGCUUAUGAUGAAGCAGCCGUUUUAAUGAGCGGAAGAAAUGCCAAAACUAAUUUUCCAGUCACGCAAAAUGAUCCAAAUCAUCGUAAUGCACUACCUCAUAAUUCAGUUACAUCCCCAACUGAUCAUCAUCCUCAUCAUCAUCAUCAUCACCAUCAAAAAGAUCAUCGUAAACCCGAUCAGGACUCGUCAUCAGUAUCAUCUCCGAGGAACUUGUCGGAAAUUCUCCACGCUAAGCUCCGGCGAUGCAGCAAGGCACCAUCUCCUUCCCUCACUUGUUUAAGGUUAGACAUUGAGAAUUCCCACAUCGGAGUCUGGCAAAAGCGCGCCGGCCCGGCUUCGAGUUCCAGUUGGGUCAUGCAAGUGGAGCUUCAAAACAAUAAAAUCGCCAACCACAACAACAACCAUAAUAAUAACAACAAUAAUGCCCAUAACGCAGAUUCCAGAAAAGCGGUAGAAGAGAAUCAUAACAACAAUAACAACAUGAAAGCUGGACUGGAACUCGAGGAAAUACUAAUGGAGGAAGAAGAGCAAAGGGUUGCGCUACAAAUGAUUGAAGAACUUCUCAAUAUGAACAGUCCAUGAGGAUUAGUUAAGUGAUCGGAUGAACUCAUUUAAAGACAUCGUUUUCCUUCAUUUUUCUCAUUUUUAUUUUUUUCUUACUGAAUUGUACUAUAUUAUAAUUAUAUAUAUCAUAUCAUAUAGUGAGUGAGUGAAAGGUGUGUAGUUUAGUUUAUUCAAGUCGAAUCAAUAUCCUUUCCAAUAAAUUGUUGAAAAAAUAUAAAAUACCAGUUCAUUUUUGCAUGUGCUCAGUAUAAUAUUAUGAUGACUGGUCCUCUACCUCGUACAGGAACUGAUUCCCUCGUCACUAAUUUUAUUAUCAUUAUUUUUGUG